AUGAGUAAAGAAGAGAUUUUGAAGAUUCAGAAAUGUGUUCUCAAAGUGAACAUACACUGUGACGGUUGCAAACAAAAAGUUAAGAAAAUCUUGCAGAAGAUUGACGGUGUUUUUACUACUGAGAUAGAUGCUGAGCAAGGGAAGGUGACCGUUUCUGGGAAUGUGGACCCAAAAAUUCUCAUCAAGAAGCUUACGAAAUCAGGGAAACAUGCAGAGCUUUGGGGUGCUCCAAAGGCUAACAACAAUAACCAGAACAAUAACAUUGCGAAUCAGAUGAAGAACAUGCAAAUUGACAAUGGAAAAGGUGGAGGAAACAAUAAUAAUGGUAACAAGGGUCCAAAGGGUGAUGGAAAUAACCAAAAUGGUGGCGGAAAGAAGGGCGGUGGUGGCGGCGGCCAAGGACAGAAUCCUCAACUACAACAACUUCAGCAGCAACAACAACAGCAGCAACAGCUUCAGCAGCAGUUGCAGCAUCUGCAACAACUUCAGCAGAUGAAGGGGUUUCAAGAUCUGAAAGUGCCUCAAUUCAAGGAUAUGAAUAUGAAGAUGCCGCCGGGUAAUCAGAACCCAAAUAUGAAAGCUGUUAAGUUUAAUUUGCCUGAUGAUGAAGAUAUGUCUGAUGAUGAGUUGGAUGAGUUUGAUGAUGACGAGUAUACUGAUGAUGAGUUUGAUGAUGAAAUGGAACAACAUCCUUUGAAUAAGAUGAAGCUUCCAAUGGGUGGUAAUGGUAAUGUUAAUGGUCCUCCUCAUAUGAUGAUGGGCGGUGGAAAUCAUCCACAGUUUAUGAAUGCUCCCAAGGGCGGUGGCGGCGGUGGAGGAAAUCAUCCACAGCUUAUGAAUGGUCCGAAGGGUGGUGGUGGUGGAAAUGGUGGAGGUAAUGGGAAGAAAGGUGGUGGUGGCGGCAGUGGGCCUGUGCCCGUUCAAGUUCAUGGCAUGGGUGGUGGAAAUGAUGGUAAAAAUGGAGGAAAGAAAGGUGGAGGUGGUGGCGGCGGUGGUGGUGGCGGCGGUGGUGGUGGAGGAAAUAAUCCAAAUCAAGGUGGAGGUAACAAAAACAAUGGUGGUGGUAAAAAUGGAGGUGGAAUGCCAGAGGGUAAAAAUGGAAACAAGAAUGUUGGUGGAGGAGGUGGAGGUGGUGGUAAUGGUGGAAUUCCCAAUAAUAAUGGGGGUAAAAAGGUAAAUGUAAUGGGAGGAGAAGGUGGUUUUCAAGGUAUGAUGAACAAUGGAUUUCCAAACAUGAAUGGUGGUGCUGGUCAUCAUCCUAAUGUGGGCCCAAUGGGCAACAACAACAUGAGUGGUAUCCCAAUGGGAGGUGGUGCAAUGGGAAACAACAUGCCAAUGAUGAACCAAAUGGGAGGAGGUAGUAACAUUCCAGCUGUUCAAGGCUUACCUGCCGCCGCUGCCGGUGUUGGCGGCGGAGGAUAUUUCCAAGGCGGCGGAGGAGGCGGUGGUGCUGGUCAGGAGAUGAUGAUGGGUGGAAAUCCUUACCAACAACAACAAUACAUGGCUGCAAUGAUGAAUCAACAAAGAGCCAUACCUGCCGGUGGAGGAGGAAACGAUAGAUUUCAACCAAUGAUGUAUGCAAGACCACCAAUGGCGGUGAAUUACAUGUAUCCUCCACCGUAUAGCUACCCUCCACCACCGCAACAUCCUCAAGAUCCAUAUUCCAACUUCUUCAACGACGAAAAUACUUCAAGUUGCAGUAUCAUGUGA